CGGCCAAACCGAAAAAAGCUGGCUCAUUAUUGUAACAGCACAAAGCAGCAUAAGAAAUAUCGCCCCCCAUUUCAUAAUUUUCACACUUGGCCAUUUUCUUCCUUUGGACACACCAAAAAUAAAAACAAUUCUAAACCCCAAUCUAAGCUUAGCUACUCACUCCCAACUACAUACAACAACUCUCUCCCACUUCGACGAUCUCUACGAUGUUCUUCCCAUCUUUUCCCAUUUUCUCUCUCUUCCCUUAAGAAUCCCUUCAUUUCUCUCUCCAUCACAUUCCAGAUUGUUCCUUCUCUUUCUCUCUCGCCUUUUCUUCUCUCUGUUUCCCAGGUUUUUUUAACAUUUUGGUGGUGGAAUUUUGAAGAAUUGGAGAUGGCUUCUUCCUCUGCUGCUGCAUCUCUUGCCGGCGGUUCGGCCUCGGAUCUGCUGAGGAGUUCAACAAGUGGAUUCAGCGGUGUCCCUUUGAGGACUUUAGGGAGGGCAAGGUUGCCCUUGAAGCAAAGGGACUUCUCAGUGUCUUGUAAGAUGAGGAAGGUGAAGAAGCAUGAGCACCCUUGGCCUGAUAACCCUGAUCCCAAUGUGAAAGGCGGGGUGCUGAGCCACCUCUCACCUUUCAAACCACUCAAGGAGAAGCCGAAACCGGUCACUUUGGAUUUCGAGAAGCCCCUUAUUGCUCUGCAAAAGAAGAUCAUAGAUGUGCGGAAGAUGGCAAACGAAACUGGUUUGGAUUUUAGUGAUCAGAUUCUCUCAUUGGAAACCAAGUACCAGCAGGCUUUGAAGGAUUUAUACACGCAUCUGACUCCUAUUCAGCGGGUCAACAUUGCACGGCAUCCUAACAGGCCGACUUUCCUUGAUCAUAUCUAUAACAUUACUGACAAGUUUGUGGAACUCCAUGGUGAUCGAGCAGGUUACGAUGACCCUGCUAUUGUUACUGGUAUAGGGACUAUAGAUGGUAGAAGGUACAUGUUCAUUGGUCAGCAAAAGGGUAGAAAUACCAAAGAAAACAUUCAGCGGAACUUUGGGAUGCCAACUCCACAUGGUUAUAGGAAGGCUCUUCGCUUGAUGGAAUAUGCAGAUCACCAUGGGUUUCCAAUUGUUACUUUCAUUGACACGCCUGGGGCAUAUGCUGACCUUAAAUCAGAGGAACUGGGUCAAGGUGAAGCGAUUGCUCAUAAUCUGAGAUCCAUGUUUGGCCUGAAAGUUCCAGUUAUAUCCAUAGUUAUUGGAGAAGGUGGUUCUGGUGGUGCCCUUGCUAUUGGAUGUGGCAACAAAUUACUUAUGCUUGAAAAUGCAGUUUUCUAUGUUGCCAGUCCUGAGGCAUGUGCAGCAAUCUUGUGGAAGAGUGCUAAAGCAGCACCAAAGGCUGCUGAGAAACUGAGGAUCACAGCCAGUGAAUUGUGCCGAUUGGAAAUUGCAGAUGGGGUUAUCCCUGAGCCACUUGGUGGUGCACAUGCAGAUCCAUCUUGGACCUCGCAACAGAUAAAAAAAGCAGUCAAUGAAGCCAUGGAUGAGCUCACCAAGAUGAAUACCGAAGAGCUACUACGACAUCGCAUGCUUAAGUUCCGCAAGAUUGGUGGGUUCCAGGAAGGAAUUCCUGUAGAACCUAAGAAGAAAAUCAACAUGAAGAAGAAAGAUAUACCAAUUGCCAAUAAGAUUUCGGAUGCCGAAUUAGAGGUUGAAGUUGAGAAACUGAAGCAGCAAAUCUUGGAUUCUAAGGAAUCCUCUAUUGAGCCGAGAUUAGAUCUGGAUGAUAUGAUAAAACAACUGCAAAUAGAGGUUGACCAAGAGUACUCUGAGGCAGUUAAUGCCAUUGGCUUGUCUGACAGGAUGUCAAAACUAAAGGAGGAGGUUGUGAAAGCAAACACAGAUAACCAAUUUAUUGAUCCGUUGCUGAAGAGUAAGAUAGAAAAGCUAAAGGAGGAGUUUGAUCAGAAAUUGUCCACGGCACCCAACUUUGGCAGGCUGGAGAAUAAGGUUAACAUGUUGAAAGAAUUGUCUAAGGUAAAGCGUUUGCAAGAUCAGAACAAGCGAACUUCUGCACUGGAGCAAGAAUUGAAGACAAAAUUCGAUGGCAUCAUGAAGAAUCCAAGAAUAAAGGAAAAGUAUGAGGCAUUGAAGUCUGAAAUUCAAGCUGCCGGGGCAUCCUCCUCUAGGGAUUUGGAUGAUGAUCUGAAGCAGAAAAUUGUGGAGUUUAAUAAAGAAUUUGACUCGCUGCUGGCUGAGUCUUUGAAGUCGGCCGGCAUGGAAGUUAAGAUUGCUCCAGCAAGGCCACGAGACAGCUCAGGGGAGUCUGCAGAGUUAGGAUAUGAAUCGAAGAUAGAAGAAUUAAGAGAGGGUAUAAGUAAGGAAAUCGAGAAGUUGGCGAACUCAUCCAACAUUAAGAGCAAGAUUGAACUAUUGAAAUUGGAGGUUGCUAAGGCUGGAGAGACACCUGAUACAGAAUCAAAAAAUAGAAUUGCUGCUUUGGUGCAACAAAUUAAGCAGAGCCUUGAAGAGGCUGUUGACUCGUCUAGCUUGAAAGAGGAGUAUGAAAAUCUGGUUUCUAAGAUUUCCAGCAGAGAUUCGGAAAUGGAAGAUGGUCUCACCAAUGAUCAGUUGCGAGAGAAAGUUGGUGCAAACCGCAGCUUUUCUUAAUCCUGCUGCUUCUAGAAGGUGCCAGAGUAGAUGAUGAUCCUAACAUGCAAGAUCAGUAUAACUGAGUGUGGAAACUGCACCAUUGUUCUUAUUGAUAAGUAGCUUAUAUCAUCAGCUGCGGUGCAUCAAGUAGCAUUAUGGCUAUAUUUCUUUGAUCCAAGUUUUGGGAUUUAGAAGACUUGCAUUUGAAUUGUGGCUGAUAUUUUUCUGUCAUCGUCCAUCUCAGUAUCAGAAAAAAAAGGGAGAAUAAGAAGGGAAAGCCAUUUUGUAUUUGUUUGAGUCACAAUGUUGGAGUUAAUUUUAGAACUUUUCCCCCCUCCAUUUCUUUAGCUUUUUGCUUUUUGUUUAUUUUUUUUUUUUUCAAAAAAUAUUUGAAACGAUGAAAUUUUCCCUGAAAAAUUAGUCUUAGAUGCUUAAAUGAACAUUGUAUAGAUUGCUUGUGUUUCAGUAACCCAAUAAAUAGUAGUGCUGUUUUGUCUUA